GAUCUACUGCAAAUGCAGGAUUUUCUCAGGAGUAAUAGAUUUGGAAUAAUAAACCACAGGACACUCCUAUAUUUUGGCAGUUUUUUCGGUGCAUAUAUAUUGGUAAUUAAAUAUGGGUUUAUUUGGAAAAAGUCCUGAAAGUGAUCCUAAGGAAAUGGUUAAUCAGUGGAAUCACAAGUUGAGAAAAGAAGGCUACCAAUUGGAAAGACAAAUCAGGGCAAUACAAAGGGAAGAAGAAAAAGUUAAGCGAUCUCUCAAGGAAGCAGCAAAAAAGAAUGAUAAGGACACAUGUCAUAUAUUAGCAAGAGAAAUUUUGAGGUCUCGGAAAGCCAUUAAUAAAAUUUAUACAUCUAAAGCUCACAUAAAUUCUGUUAUGCUUCAAAUGAAAAACCAACUUGCAACUUUGAGAGUGGCUGGUUCCCUUGCUAAAUCCACGGAAGUUAUGAAUGCUAUGCAAAGAUUGAUAAGAGUACCUGAGGUAGCGCAUACGAUGCAAGAGAUGUCGAAAGAAAUGAUGAAAGCUGGAAUUAUCGAAGAAAUGCUUGAUGAAACAUUUGAAGAUAUGGAAGAAGAUCCAGAAGCAAUGGAAGAGGCAGCACAGACCGAAAUUGAUAAGGUGCUCUGGGAGUUGACAGAAGGAAAACUUGGAGAAGCUCCAGCUCCACCUGUUUCUGAAGGUGCUGCAGCAAAUGUCAGUGUACCAGCAUCGGUAGAAUUGAGCGAUGAAGAGAAGGAAGUUGACGAAAUGGAGAGUAGAUUGGCUGCUUUGAAAUCUACAUAGUUUUCACAUUGAGAAAAAUUGAGCUUUCAUAAUAGUAUUUUUAAAAUUAAGCAGCGCACCUAAUAUUCAUUAAGCAAUUGGCAAUUUUAUAAGUGGAAUAACCGCUGUUGUAUUAACUUAUUUUCGUUCUAAGUUACGAGAAAUUAGAUAUGAUAUUUCUUGAAGGAGUUAAAAAAAAUUAAUAUUUUCAUCAUUACGUAAAGAGAUGGAUUGUGAUACUAUCAGAAAUACAAGUUUUAGUCAUUAAAUUAUGUGGAUUAUUUCUGGGUUAAGAGAAGAACUAUUCAUUAAUUUGUCUUCAAAAUUUUACUAAUUUACAUUUUGAAAGUUUCCUACAUCAUCAUGAAUCAAAAAUUGCGAUUUUAUGAAAGAAUGUACAGUAAUAACAAUGCCUAUAAAACACACAUUCAUAAAAUGUAGCAUAGUUCUCUAUUUAUUGUAAAAAAAAUAUAGUGUAAAUAAUCUAUAAAUUACACUGUUAGCUUCAUAUUGAGCUUGAUUGGAAAUAAAUUUCAUACUAAAUGCAAGAGAGAAAUACAAGAGAAUUGAAAUAAAAUAUAUAUUUUCUUAUAAAUACAAUAAUCAUUGUAAUAAGUAUUCUCACAUUUGUUUCUUGAAAUCAAUAAAGAAUAUUAAUCAGCUUA